UACGUCCAGAAAAGUGUGCGCUUCUGACUUCUGGGUCAAACAGCUGACUCUUUCUUCGCCGAAAUUUCCAACAACCGGACUCAACCCUGUUCUGCAGAGACCGACGCACACGCACAGAAGCUAACAAACUACCGAAAGCUUCAAUCGACUCUAGCUGCCCGGUGGAUUGACUUCCCACAUGCCAAACUCGCGGUGAGAUGGCGUCAGCAACGCCGGUGUCUUCUUCGGCGGCGUCUGCGGCUAUAGAAUCCAUCCAGAGUUCACUCUCCGACCUCUGCGUCGUCUCCGACGACCCCCACCACCAGCGGCAGCGCUUCUCGUUCGACAACCCACGCCGCUUCUCCGCCUUUGCGAACCGACUCCAGCUCCUGCUCCACCAGCUCCUCCGCUCUUUCCCCUCGCCGGAUUACCUCCCAGCCGCUGCUGUCACCGCCAUCAAGGGCGUGGCCGCCGAUCUCUCCGUGGCCUCCGAAACGGUGUCGGUCUACACCAAGCGCAGCAAGAUCUUCGUGCUCGUCCACAGCCAUUCCCUCCGCUCCUCCCUCCAGGAACGCACCUUGGCAAUCGCUGCUUGGCUCGCGUUGCUCGACUCCGCUCUGCACGACCUCCCCGAGCUCCGCAAAAAGAUCUCCGAUCUCUCCCGAGACAUGAAGCAAGCUCAAUUCAUCGUAACAGAGAACGAAGAGAGAGUGCAUUGUACGCUAGAGAAAGAGGGCCAAGGGAGACGAACGACUAAAGCAGUACAGAGUGCUAUAAUCAUGGACUUAGCGCGAGCUCUAGGAAUCGAUCCCGAUAACCUUUCCGAGUUAUCCGAACAAGUCAAUCUGUUCCAGACCGAUUUAACGCACUCCAAUUCGCUGUCGGAGAGGCGGAUUGUGGUCUCUCUGCAGAGUAUUCUCAGCAACCUCCUCGUCCAACCCGACAUCAUCACACAGAAACUGCAUGUGGAUUUCGAAGAGUACGAGGCCGCAUCGGCAGCACCGCAGAUGUCCUCGCCGUUCAAGAACUUCCUCUGUCCGCUGACGAAGGAGGUCAUGAAGGAGCCUGUGGUGCUGGAGACGUCUCAGAAUUACGAGCGCACCGCCAUUGAAUAUUGGUUCGAGCGGUGCAUAGAGGACGCUCGCGACCCGACUUGCCCGGUGACCGGGCAGGUGCUCAAGUCGCUGGAGCUGAAACCAAAUAUUGGGUUGGCCGGGGCAAUCGAGGAGUGGGUUAAUCGGAAUAUCGAGGUUCAGGUUAACUCUGCAGCGACGUGGCUAAGUGAGGAGCCUAUUUCGGUCGAUAACCAUAGUAUUGAGAAGGUGCUUGAUUUUCUUUACAAGAUUUCCGAGGAGUAUCCCACUAGUAGAUAUAAAGUGAGGAAUGCUGGCAUUGUUGAGCUCCUUGUUAAGUUGCUCAGAAAUAGCUCCAAGAGUGUCGGAACGCAGUUGAGAAGCAAGGCGCUCAUGGCUUUACUUAGCAUGGCCAAAGAUGAAGAAAGCAAGAAAAGAAUGCUUGAAGAUGGUGUCACUAGACUGGCCAUACGUAGUCUUAUUGGGAGCUCCGAGAAAGAGAGAGAGUUUGCUGUGAAAUUAUUACUUGAGUUCUCUAGUGACGAAGCUUGUUGCAUAAAAAUUGCAUCUGAAAGAGGUGCAUUAGUUCUUCUCUCAAGUAUGGCAGGAAAUCUGGAGCAUCCUACACUAUCCAAUCUAGCUGAGGAGGUCUUUAAGCAGAUGGAGAGGGUGGAGGAUAAUGUUCAACCUUUGGCAGCAGCUGGAAGAUUUGAGCCCUUAAUUAGUCGGCUCUGUGAAGGUUCUGAUGAUGUUAAAAUAGAGAUGGCAUCUAUUGUGGGAAGGAUGACCUUGACAAAUAGCAGUAAAGAACAAAUUGCUAGGCAAAGUGCUAAAAUACUAGUUAAACUGCUAUAUAAGCCAGAAGGAAGGGCACCAAGCUUGCGAGCAUUGUAUAACUUGUCUGGGCUGGAUGACAAUGCAAUCAUCCUUGUUGACUCUGCUGUGCUUCCAGCUCUUACAGAUAUUCUGCUUAUUCAGGACACUUCACCUGAUUUGAAGGAAUUGGCAGCAGCAACAAUUGCCAAAAUUGUUUCAAAACCUGGGAACUGGGAAUUGGCGUCUGUUGACAAGAGAGGACAUUCAAUGCGGUCGGAGUCAUUUAUAUGUAGUCUUUUGGGCCUUCUAUCUAUUGUAUCCCCUCGAUGCCAAGUCUCUAUUCUCCAUAUCCUGUAUGGAGUUGCGUUGUCUCCCCAGGCAUCAGAGUCGGUGACUUCUCAUAUAAAAUCUGGGGAUGGCAUCAAAACAAUUAUAUCCUUUCUUGAACAUUCAGAAGUUGAACACAGAAUUUAUGCUUUCAGGCUCACAAGAAUACUCUCAGAAAGGUUUGGUGAAGAUCUAACAAGUGAGCUAAGACCUGACAAGCUUCCCUUGUUCAAAGAUAAACUUUUAGGCAGCCAAUCUACAGAGGGUGAGCAAUCUGAUGCGGCAUGUAUACUUGCUAACCUUUCCCUAUCAGAAGAAGAAGUGAAAACGCUCCUGGGAGCCAGUUUUGUGAGAUGGACCGUAACUACUCUCAAAAACCAGAGGCGUACAUCUAAUCCUGCGUCAAGCAUGGCAGAGGGUCUUCUUGGGCUUUUACUUCACUUUACAAGGCGCCAUGAUUUGCAGACUCUUGGUUUUGUCAGAGAGCAUAACCUUAUGACCAUUUUCAGUGAGCAGCUUGGUUUUCCUUCAAACCCAAGAGUGAAGCAACUUGCUGCCCUUGGAUUGAAGAAUUUGUCAGAAUGUGGAAUGUCAGUUGCUGCUGGGGACUCACAACCAAUCCCUCUUAAUGGAUUCUGCUCUUCCUUAGUUUUCAUGUGUGGGAGGGCUGCUAAUAAACCUUCUACAUGUCCUAUUCAUAAUGCUGCGUGUGAAGAAGAUAGUCAGCUGUGCUUGCUCAAGAGCAACUGCAUCAAACCCCUGGUUGAUCUUCUCACAGAUGAGGACACUGGUGUUCAAAUUGCUGCAGUAGAGGCACUUUCCACACUUGUUUCAGACACCUCUAACAAUUUCAAGAGAGUAGUUGAUGAGCUUGAACACCAGGGCGUGGUUGAUGCCCUGGUCAAUCUUUUCACAGAAGUUCGACCCGGAGAGCUUCAAGAGAGAGCAAUUUGGAUGAUAGAGAGGACAUUGAGAGUGGAAAGCCAGAGUCAUCGGCUGGCGUUCAAUCAGUCUCUGGUUAGGGCAUUGGUGGAAGCCUUUAAACAUGGUGGUGCCAACACAAAGAGGCAUGCUCAGGAUGCGCUUACCAGCCUAAAGCAAAUAUCAGGUAUUAGUGGAAGGGCCUCUAGUCAAGCUGGGGCACGGGGGUAGUUGCCAAUGAAAAGGGCGGUUAUACACUUUUAUUGUGUGGAUAUUUAUUAUUAUACGAUGAUCUCACCCUAUAUAGUCGAUUAAAACUGGCUUAAUUGCA